AUGGCGCUAAUCUAUGAUCGUAAUCUCUGGCCACGCCAAUCUUUCGACCCUUCCUGUCCCAGUGGUGGAUCCUGGUACGCUUGCACAACUGGAUCCAGAUUCGUUGGAUGCUGUAUUGGCAGUGUCGACCCAUGCAAUGAGAAGACGAGUUGCCCACAAAAGAAUCUCAAGCCGGCGAGCUUUGACAUUGCUGAAUAUGGCAUGUUUCCCGACCAAACAUGCGAUGCCGACAGUAAUUGGUACACUUGCACUGGAACAAAUCCAGCAUUUAUGGGUUGCUGCAAGAGCAAUCCAUGCUCGAGUGGAUGUCCAACAGACGAUCUCAGCGCUGCAAGUCUUAGCGUUGAUGAUACAGUAGCUUCAGCGUUCAUAACGACUUCAUCCACAGCCGCUGCUACAUCGACAGCAGCGGCAACAAUCACACCUGUCGCCUCAUCAUCUGCGGGAGAUCACGUUGGUGCGAUUGCCGGAGGUGCAAUCGGAGGUGUAGCUGGUAUUGCUCUGGUCGUGAUUGGUAUCAUUUGGUGCUUCAAACGCCGAAGGCAGGCACGACAACGGGAACACGAAAGACAGAAGAUGGAGGCAGAAUACAAGAACGAUGACGGACAUUUUCAUAACACAUAUGUUUCUCGACAAGUAGAUACACCUACAGGGAUCCAGCCCGAAGACACGGAGGAGCCUCGGAGGACCAUCUACUCCACAGAAGACCCAGAAGGCAUUGAGGUUGACGAUCGACCUCAGCGGACCGCGUCAACGAGACCGAGUACUUCAGAUCAACAUCUCACCUCAGUUGUCCAAAGUUUCAACGUCAGCCCAACUGUUAGCAGACCACCCAGUGUUGGCUAUCCUCCUAGCGUCGGCAAUCCACCCAGCGUAGGAAACUCCUGGUUUACUCGCGACUCCAUCUUUGCAAACGGCAACCCACAACUGGCAAGCCUUCCUUCACCCGAAGAAUCACGUCGUGUCUCCUGGAUCGAGCAAUCACGCUUUCAAAACAACGGCAGUCCUGUCGUAACACCCAUCCACUCACCUGUUCACACCAGUCAACCCGACUACUUUGGGGCUUACGAGCACCGUCAACACAACCCUUCGUACACAGCUCAACAUCCAACUUCGCCGCAGAAUCAGUAUUUUGAAUUGGAUGAUACGCAAUUGAGCCCACCUGUUGAGCUCGAGGCCAUUGAAGCGAAGCCCAAAGAGCAAGAAGAAGAGAGCACAUGGCAGAGCGUGUUCCAAGCGCCUGUACAAAGACGUGGCAGACAUGAUGUGGAAGAAGGACAGACUGGUUCUGCGUAUUUCUCACCCGAUGAUAUCGGCAAGCCUCAAAGCAGAGGCUAA